AUGGAAGCCAUGACUGGGUUCUAUGAAAGUCUCUCCAUGCAGUUUGUCAGCAGCUGGAAUGAUAGGAGAGUCGUCAUGGGGGAUAUAUCUUUUGAAAUUAAUGAAGUUGUCAUUGCCCAGGCUACAGGGCUGCCUACCGAGGGAAGGAAAUGGAAGAAGACUAGCAGGGUCACGAAUGAAACCAGUAUGAAUAGAUUCUACAAAAAGGGCAAGGAGAAAGUUAAGCUACGUGGGGGCUUCAAUAUAGACUGUCUUCCUUAUCCGUGGGACCAGGUGAAGAUGGAAAUCAAGAUUGCUGCAGGAUAUCCUCCAGCAUAUAUCAUAGUACAGGAAGCAAACAAAACUAGAGUUUCAUGGAUUAUCUUAGACAGAGAAUUGAAGAAAUAUAGGAAAAACAUAUCUGAGAGCUCUGAAUGUAAUGUUGCUGCAAUUGGGAGAAAUAAUGUUGCUAGUAUUAUAUCUAGUGAUAAUAGGCUUCCUUCCUAUAACAUAUCUGCAGAGGGCACUAUCACUACAUUCCCUGCACCUUUUCAAGCCAAUAGACAAGUGCAGACGAGCAGGCCAUCCAUUGGAGUCCCAAUUAAUCUAUAUAUGAAUGGCAGAGCUGAUGUCACUCAGGACUCCAAAUCUUUUCGUAGUGCUGUGCAAACUCCAUCAAAAAGUGAGGAGAAAACUGCUUUAACUUGUUCUGCUUGUGAGAGCAGAAAGGAGGUCAAAGCCAAAUUGUGUCCUCCACGAGAGCUCUCCUGUGAUGAAAUAACCAAAGUAUCAAAUGAUGACUUACUUGCCCAAAAUGGAAUAUGGCAGUUAUACAAGGGAUUUCUAAAUGAGGAUGGGUCUUCAGAAUAUCAUGUUAUGGUGAAGAAGUUUGAGGCCUCCUCUUAUGAGACCCAUUUCAAAACUGAAAUAGACUUUGUUAAAGUGGCUCGCCAUCGGAAUAUCUUAGCUCUGUUGGCAUUUUGCAAUGAUAAAUUUAGUCCUACCCUUGUUUAUGAGUAUGCCUGCAAUGGAUGGCUUGAUCGCCACCUUUCUUGUCCUAAGAUGUUGUCAUGGGCAGCAAGGCGAAGGAUUGCAAUAGGGGUCGCCAAAGGACUCAGGUAUUUGCAUGAGGAAUGUGGUGAAGGCACCAUUGUGCAUCGAGACAUCAGAUCUUCAAAUAUUAUGCUUUCUCAUGAUUUCUUGCCCUUGAUUGGUAAUUUUGGGUCUGCAAAGCGGCUUGCAACUGAUGAAGUAUGCAGAGAGAGUAGAGUGUGGGGAGCUGCUGGGUAUGUGGCUCCAGAGUAUUCAGAACGAGGAAUUCUAUCUGUUAAGGCAGACACCUAUUCUUAUGGAGUUUUACUGCUUGAGCUCAUAAGUGGCAGAAAAGCUCUUGAUUUAUCAUGCUCCGAGAACCAAAUCUCUCUGUUGGAAUGGGCACGGCCACAUAUUGAGGUACAUGCAUUUCAUGAAUUGUUAGAUCCUGAAUUGGGGGAAUCAUUAGAUAUGUUUGAGCUUUACUGUAUGUGCUCUGCAUCGUCACUGUGUAUACAAAAGGAUCCUCGCUCACGUCCCACUAUGAGCCAAGUUGUUUCAAUACUCAAAGGUGACCGCCCCACCAUGAUACCACCAUCGCCCAUAUUUUGUAAUAGCCAGUCAAAUUAUAUGAUUGAUCGUAAAUGA